AUCUCCAUCACCAGCUGUUCCGCCUGCUCCUCGCCCCCUCGUCUAACAUUCACCUCCUUCGGGUAUUAUCAUUGUGAAAACUAAGAGCAACAGCAGUUUCUCAGCCAGCUAAAAUAGGAAAUGUGUCGCAACCAGUGGAAGAUGGAUCAAUAAAGCGUGAAUCUGCAACCCCUGACCGCUAAUUGGAUUCCCUUGGGCGACCAGCGACAGGAAACGGAAAUUGCCGACCAGCGAGACCAGCAAAAAUCACUUGCGAGAUACACAACAAAGAGGCAAAAAGUGAAGAUGAAGGCAAAUAAGGCGAGGGCUGUGCGUCUCACCAGUUUGACGGAGGAUGUGGCCGCCGUUCCGGAGGAUGCGCCCUUCCGGGCACGUCUACACAUAUUGUUCGCACAGAUCGAGCGGGAGUUUGAGCAGCUCUACUUGGAGAACCAGGCCUUGCAGGAGAAACUAGAUGUAGCCAAUGCCAGCAAGGAGUUGAAUACACAACAGGAUCAACGAGCUGCAGCAGGAGGAUCACUUAGUACACAAGCUUCCUCUGCAGCCUUGGCCACACCCUCAACCCAGGCAGAUGAAGUGGGUGGGAGUUUCCUGGCCGCUGCAUCAAGUACACACAAAAGCCUAAAGGCCAAACUAAGCAGCGCCACCGGAGGCAGCAAGGCUAAGGCCAGCAACAAGAUCAAGGCCCAGACCAGCCGCAUUGUAUCAAGCUUUAAGGCGCCCACAGUAGUCAGUACUGUAGUUCGCGAAUUCGGAGGCCACAAGGAUGGUAUAUGGCAAGUGGCAGCUAAGGCGGGACAGCCAAUCAUUGGCACCGCAUCCGCCGAUCACACAGCCUGCAUCUGGGGCGUGGAGAGCGCCAGGUGCCUGUUACAGUACCAAGGACACGCCGGCUCCGUAAAUUCCAUUAAGUUCCACCAGCAUCGAGAUCUUGUGCUUACUGGCAGCGGAGAUGGUACAGCUCACAUAUGGCAGGCAGCCGUCAACUGGGAGGUGCCGAAGAAGGGCCAUUCUUCGGAGGAGGAACUAGACGACAGUGAUGAACAAGUGGAGGAUCGUGAUCGCGUAGACACCUUGCGAACUCCAUUAUGUGAAUUUACGGGCCCCGGCGGUCAUCUUUCUGUGGUGGUGGCCGCCGACUGGCUAUCUUCAAUGGACCAGAUCAUCACGGGCAGCUGGGACCGAACAGCCAUCCUAUGGGAUGUGGAGACGGGAACAACUUUACAGCCGCUCACAGGGCACGACCACGAGCUGACCCAUGUGUCGGCACAUCCCACCCAGCGUCUGGUUGUCACUGCCUCCAGAGACACCACGUUCCGUCUGUGGGAUUUUCGAGAAGCGAUUCCGGCGGUCUCGGUCUUCCAAGGACAUACGGAAACGGUUACGUCCAGUGUGUUUGCACGGGAUGACAAGGUGGUCUCCGGUUCAGAUGAUCGCACAAUCAAGGUAUGGGAGCUGCGCAACAUGCGAUCCGCUUUGGCUACCAUCCGUACAGAUUCUUCGGUCAAUCGAUUGGCGGUUUCCAGUGGUGGAAUCAUCGCCAUACCGCAUGAUAACCGACAAAUCAGACUGUUCGAUUUGAACGGGCAACGAGUGGCCCGAUUGCCUCGAACCAGUCGACAAGGCCAUCGGCGUAUGGUAUCAUCUGUAGCCUGGGCGGAAGAACCACUGCUCGACUGCGAUCUUUUCUCGUGCGGCUUUGAUCGCCGUGUAUUCGGCUGGUCUAUUGUCCUACCGAAAGACAAUUGAAGGCGGCUGAAACGGAGAGCUGCUCCAAAGGAAUGAGGAGGUACAGGCCUGCGAAAUCGAAAACACAUCUCGAACAAAGCAUCCCAAAGCGAUGCUCAUACUUAUAUGUAGCCGUUUAUCAUAGAUCAAGUAUUAGUGCAGACAUUGUUCAAGAUGUUCUCCUAUUUAGGUGUCACCCUCUAAAUGUAAUUAUCGUUGCUUUUUGCCAAAUAGUCGCGGCAUAUAGUGCUGCACGUACUACAUAUUAUCAUUGUUAUAGCAUAUACAUAUGCAUUGGGGUUGGGAUAGAGGGAUCUCGGAGUAUUGAGCUUCCUAUGUCCAGUUCCAAUUUUAUCUGUGUUUUACUACCAUAAUACAUAUUAUAGAUGUCUAAGGCAUUAACGGUUUAGCAAACAUGAAUAAACAUAAUCAAGCACCCGAUUCAUCGCUGGGUAUAUCCUAAA